AUGUGGGUCCCUCAAUCACAUACGAGAUUCAGCUGGAUUGCAAACCACAGCGAUCAGGUGUUGCCGAUCGGACACACAAACUUCAGCUGGUUUUGCACUGCACAGAAUGUAGAAGAGGAAGAAAGAAUUAGGGGAGGAGGACUGAGGCGAGGAUUCUUGGAUGCAAAACAUGGGGAAACCAAGGUCCAGGAUGUGGAGAAAUUCCUUACCCGAGAUGCUCCGAGGUUGUUGGAGGAAGCCGGCAGACUGUCUGAACUCCGAGCAGAGGAAACAAGCCCGUACAAGCACAAGUAUGAAGCUCGAGCUAUUUUGAAGAAGGUGCACAGUCAACUUGCUGCUUGCGAUCCCGCGGGAAGCUCGGGGGAGAUUGGGAUGAAGAUGGAGGAAGCAAAAGCAAGAACGGAGCUCAUGCUCGGCAUCAACUUCUACGAGACAGAGGAAGUAAGUCAAGGACACAAGUUCCUGACAGAGGCCGAGGCUCUUCUGUCCGCCAUCUCGUCCAAGUCAGCUGAGAGCAGGUGUCAUGCUGACUACAUGGACUGUCUCAAUCACCUCGCAAUCAUAUCGAGCAUGCGAGAUGAGCAGCACAAGGCCCUCGAGCUCCUCCUGAGAGCACGGGAGGUCCAUCGACGAGCUCGCGCUCCGUCCUCUCCCUCCGACCUCCUCUCCCCCAUGGAGAAGCAGCUCACAACCACAUGCUUCCUGCUCGCCCAGGUCUACCAGAAGGUGGGAGAUUUGCAUGCCUCGGCAGAGCUCUGCGUGGAGACUCUGGACCGGCAAGCACAAGUCUUCACUGAAGAGGACUGGAAGGCGCAGGGAGACGAGUGGGUCAAGAACGCCAUCCAGAUGUCGGGCUACAGCCUGAGCAUGAAUGACUUUGAGAGCGCGAGCAUGUGUCUAGGAGCAGCAGAGGCAGCAAGGGAGAAACUGCUGGGAAAUCAACAACAGAAGGAUAGGAAACUGAUCUUUCAGGGGAUCGAUUUUCACCUAGAGGGAGUGAGAGCGAAUGUUGAGAGGAGGAAGGGCAAGAAAUUCCCCGAGCAAGUGACAGACUAUGAGUCUGCUUGCGUCGUCGUGAGAGGAAUCGUCAAUUCUCUUGACAAGGUUAAGGAAUUUUACGUCCUCGAUGGUUUCUGCACUGAGCACAUCGUGGUGUUACAAGACAUCUCGAGGUUUGCAUGA